GUGCAGCGUCGUCUGUACUUGGGCCCCGCCAAGUCGUGACUCCUUCCUCGGAUCAUGCUAGGUUAACUGACUGUAUUCCGGGCCCGUCGACCCAUCGACCAGCCGUCCCUGGGGUCCGUUCGCUCGGAACCCUUCCUACCUACUCUACCAUAGCACACUACAUACAAACAUCUUCCUUUUCCGUCUUCACCAGCCAUCACGACCGAUCACGAGCCAUCUGAUUAUCGGUGACGGGACUAGGAGGUAGUCGUUAAGUGGAGGUAUAUACCCGGCAAGCCCCUUCUCACUUCAGAGACGCUUCAGAGAGACUCGCCCAUCUUUCCAUACAUCGUCCCGACUUGGGAUCAAAGUAUCUAAUUCGUCACAAGAAACGCCACUCCCUCUUCUUCUCCUCGUAACCACGAUGAGCUCUAGUGGUUCGAGCAACCCGGGGGCCAAAUCCCUUUCGACUCCGACGUAUAACACUCCGCCACAGCAGAUAUCCACUCCCCAGUCCAGCUUCGAGUCUAACUCGCGACGAUCCGGUCUCUCAAACCCGUCCCUCUCAUUCCAAGCCGGUCCCAGGAAAGGGCAAGGGUCGAGGAGACAACACCGCACUCAACGACGGCCAAACGGGAACCUAGAUGAUGACGGCGACAUGGCCGAGAUUAGAGCGGUCCGGAAUGCCACAAGUCGCCGUGGGCAAACUUCCAUCACCCAUCUUCUCAAUUAUUCCGUCCCCUCGCGUUACUACCAGGAACAUCACAGAACAACCCGCCGUCAUCCUACAUGGAGUAGUGGUUCCGGCCAUCAUGCCGCAGAUAAGGCCAGGUUUGUCCACGCCAACUACCGCUUUGUAGUCUCGCCAACUGGCGAUUACCGCCUACAAGCCGCCGAUGCCGAUAAGCACCUCGACUGGUCCGAUGUGCUUCAAAUCAUUGCGUCUUCGAAAUCCCAAACGACGUCUUGCCCCAUAUGCUUCUGUGAUCCUGUGGCGGCUCGCAUGGCUCGCUGCGGUCACAUUUUCUGCUUGCCAUGUCUCUUGCGGUUUAUGAAUUCAACAAAUGAUGAUGAGCCUGCUCCCAGGAAAGAGGCACGCUGGAAAAAAUGCCCUAUAUGUGAUGACUCAUUUCGACUCGCCGAAACUCGGCCUGUUCGUUUCUACGAGGGGCAGGAGAACCCCUUACCCGCCAUUGGGGAAGACGUUGUGCUGCGGCUAAUGGUGCGCGAGGCCGGUUCUACAUUAGCACUUCCGGAUGAAAGCGGUAGUGACGUUGCAAACAUGGGCGAAGACGUCCCGUGGCAUUUCGCUGCUAGCGUUUUAGAUUAUGCCCGGAUUAUGAAGGGCACGAAUCAGUACAUCAUUGAACAGUUCGAGCGAGAAAUAGAAGAUCUACAACGGCAAGCUCAAGAAGAUGAGAUUCAGUUUGGUGUUGAGGAGGGUGAUUGGCCACAGCGUGCGGUAAGAGCAAUUGGUACCGCAAUCGACAAAUUGAAAGAGCAGAUAUUGGAUACGGAAUCCAUCGCUGCUUCAGCAACGUCGAAAUCGAAGCAGCCUGCCAAACAGAAAUUCCACUUCUACAAUGCACCGCCACACCUUUACCUGUCGCCCCUCGACAUUCGCAUCCUCAAGACAAAGUUUGGCGACUUCUCAAAUUUUCCGUCGACCCUUCUCCCCCGUGUUGAACAUAUAUCAACAGGUCAUGUAGUAGACGAUGCCUUACGGAAACGAGCGAAGUAUUUAGCUCACCUUCCUCAGGGCUGUGUUGUGAGCUUUCUGGAGUGCGACUGGACCGACAUAGUACCUCCUGAGAUUCUCGAAACGUUCUCGAAUGAUUUAGAACGGCGAAGAAAAGUACAUCGAGACAAAACGGCGCAAGAGGAUCGAGAAAGACUGCAGGCAGAACGCUUAGAAGCUGCUGCCAUUGGUCGUAGUACUCGGCGCCAUUUCGAUAAUCUCAACGGAGAUGGUUUUGAACCUACUCCUGUGAUGAACUCAGAUGAUUUCCAACCCCUGGGCCCGCCGGCUGGAACUUCCCCGCCCAACCCUCGACCAGGAUUCGAGCAGCUUGCUGAUAUGUCUACGAGCCCGUCCACCUCAAGGACGGUAUGGGGCACUCCAGCUGUUGCCGUUUCACCCGAUCUUGGACCGGUCCCGGAUCGACAGGUAGAGGAUGGAUGGCUUAAAGAAGACGACUUCCUUGGGGCAGCGGAGAUUGCUAUGCAGAUGGAAGCCUUUGGUAUCAAUGGUGAUGGCUCAAGCCCGGGGCCAAGUACACCAGGAGCAGGCGGCGGUAAGAAAAAAAAGAAACAAAAAAUCACCCUGAUGAGCACUGGUGGUCGCCGGGGCACAUGAACGGCCCAAACAAUAUGCAAAUGGCAUAUUCAUCUAAGAACUUCAGAAUGUUCUUGUAUUCUAAUCACAGUCUGGGCAUCCUCAGGGUAAUGCUUGGCACAUGCAUGCUAGGGGUGAAUUGAUAUCGCUGCCAGCGGCAGCUAGGUCUCGAAAUCCAUACUGCAUAGAGAAAUGCAUUUUGAUGAUGAUUUAAAGUAAAAAUCACACAUGCUGUUUAGCACUCAAAGUAUCAAAUAUCUAUUUUAAUCGAGACUAACUAGACAAGAGCGGUUAAUAUUCACGAGACUUUGCCCGUCGUUACCUACCUAUUGACCAUCGUCUUAUCUUAUCUCCAACUCCCCGCUUGCUAACCCGUGAUAUACUUUAGGUGCAUGGUUAGAUCCUACAUACAGGUAGGUAAUCUCGUGUGUUCGUA